AUGGUGAGCAAAUUGAUCAAAAUGGGAAACUGGAGGGAGAAUUCAGAUGAUUUGGAGUAUGAAAACGUGGAAAUCGUGCAAAAUGACGAGGAAUGGAACGCAAAUUCGAAAUUGAAAUGGGCGAACGAACGAGAGGAAUCGGAAGGGAAUGUGAGUAUUAAAUUGGUUAUUUUCAAAGGUAAAACGGUUUCAGCCGGAACUUUUGACGUUCGGAAGGCCUUCCGGAGUACGGUUAUUCAAACUUCCCGCUGCGAUAUCCGAGUCGGACUUCUGUACGGGCACGCAGAAUGUGGAACUGAACCGGAAUCUGACGAUCCGAUGCAAACCGCUGGCCACCUCGGACAUGCUCUCCCAGUGCACAGAAAACGAUUUCCUGAGUGCCCUGGCCAUGUUCGGAAAUGGAGAAUUCACGGAGAGAAGGGAGAACGAGACGGUGGACGUGCGGAGAGUUUCCCCCGAACAACUGAGGGCACCCGUCUGGAACGGAUCCGCGUGCAUCGGAGUCAUCAAAUCCGCGAAUGUGCUGUUCGAAGUGAACGGAACAUGGCUCAGUUCGGUGCAAGUUAGGGUUCAGUACGACAUUCUGCCCGCAAAUGUUGACAACAAAUGGUUCGAACAGACGUUUUCUGUGGCGUUCGUAAGGCUGAAACCUCCGAAAGUCGUUAGUGAAGAAGAGUUGGCAAGGAAUGAGACCGAUCGUGGGGAAGGGUACAGAAGUGGAGGACAGGUGUAUCGGCUGCAAAGUCAGUGGGACCCCACCACUCUCAUGCAGUCUUUUUUUCUUUUCAGAUUCCAUUGCCGUUCCGUUCGCAGUGCCCACUCUGGGACAGUGUUAUUCGGGAGCCGUGCCCCCUUCCGCCGUCCUUUUCCUCCGUUCGAUGACUGCCAUUUGCACCGUUCCGAGCAGCAGUUGCGAAGAUGCUCGUACAAAAGCCAAGUCUUUCUACGAGCAAUUGUACCCGUCGGAGUUCGCAUCGACGCCUUCUGAAGAUCUGAAUUCGGCUAAGGUGGCCAAGACCAACGUUACGUGGGAAGAAGUAUUAAUAUAUUGUACAAAAGAUAAUUUGAUCUUCCGUUUUUCAGCUGAACCCGUCGACGUCGUCUUGCCGGCUGCCCGUCUCUUCCCUUCUUCAAAUUUAUCAUGCUAAACAGGGAUCAACCCAUAACUUCAGGGAAGUCGUUGUAGCUGGAAAUGUGCAAUUGGAACUUGAUGAUGUUUGUGCCACUUUUUCUUUAAAGUAUCAUUAGAGCGUUCUUCCAGAUAAACUAUUUGCCCGGCCAAGAGAUCCGACUUCCCUUCGCCAUCACUUUCACAGAUGUGACCCCUCCACCGAAAUCUGUGUUCGCAGCUCUUCCGUACAUUGAUAUCAGGCUUCCUCAUGAUUUCUUUUACCCUUUUGUGAGCAGUUUAACGUGUUCCCCGACCUUUCUCCUUACCUUUUUGUUCACAAUGUUACUGUCGGUUCAAUAAACUUAUUGCUACUUUCAGUAAUGAACAAUUUCAUGAGAAACAAAAAUAACACAAGAAGGUAAAAAUUUUACGUCGCGUAACUUCAGCUGAAUUCAGAAAUCAGACGUCUUCUAUUCUCCGUUAAACAACGAGCGUUACGUGACUCCGAAAUUCCGCUCAAAUUCUCGAGUUUGCUGACGCAUUUCUGUUGAAAAUUGCGUGAUGGCGCACUUUUGGUAGUUUUUAAGCUUUUUUUUCUUGAAAAAUAGAAUAUAUUAGUCUUUUUCUCUCCCUUUAUCUCAAAACAAAUCGAGAAUAUACAAAACAACGCCUCUUUUAGGUAAUCUCCCCGCCCAAAAUGGAAGAGUACACCAGAGAGCCGUGGUAGAGUCUUUCUCGUUUUUCUUGUUAUCAAAAAUUAACUUAUUACAGCCCAUAUCGUAUCGGAGACGAUAUUGGAUCAGCCUUCGCAAUGGGUCUUGUCGGAGGAUCGAUUUUCCAGACAUUCGGAGGAUAUAAGAAUGCGGCUAAGGGGCAGAAGUUAGUCGGAAUGAUGCGUGAGGUCAGAAUGAAAAGCACAGUGACUGGGGUUCAAUUCGCCGCUUGGGGAGGCAUGUUCAGUACCAUCGACUGCUGUCUCGUCGCCAUCCGCAAGAAGGUAACUUAAUAUUUUCCACGGACUUGUCAAAUCAGUAAUUCAGGAGGAUCCGAUCAAUUCCAUUGUGUCUGGAGGCUUGACAGGAGCUCUUCUCGCUAUCCGUUCGGGUCCUAAGGUAAAAUCAUUUCUUGCACAAGAGAAAAAGUAUUUGUACUAUUUCCAGGUGAUGGCGGGCAGUGCAGUUCUCGGAUCAGUAAUUCUGGCAAUGAUCGAAGGAGUCGGUUUGGUUACCACUCGAUGGAUGGGUUCUAUGAUGGAUCCGACGCAGCCACCGGUAACGUUUUACUGAUGAACUAGUUCUAAUGAACGGUUUUCCAGCCAGAAGCUCUCGAUGAUCCGCGAAGUCUGGGCCAGAAGAGCCAAGCCGAACCAGGAAUCGAUCAGUCAAGACCGUUCGGAAUCCCAACGGGUCUGCCUAACCUUUCCUAG